AUGUCGCACGUCGUGGCGCCGCUGAAUGCACCAUCUUCCUACCGCGAUUCUCGCUCCCGAUCGUCUUUGUACGAACAGCAGCGUGCCGUGAUGAAUAGCACAACGCUGUACGUCGGCAAUCUGUCGUUCUACACGACUGAAGAGCAAAUGUACGAACUGUUUGCGCGUGUAUCCAACGUAUCGGGCGGCGGCGGUGUAAAACGUAUUAUUAUGGGCCUGGACCGGAAUACCAAGACACCCUGUGGAUUUGCAUUUGUCGAAUUUUAUACACACAACGAGGCGGUCGAUUGUAUGCGCUUUGUAUCCGGCACCAAGCUGGACGAGCGUGUGAUCCGGUGUGAUCUCGAUCCUGGAUACAAGGAUGGCCGCCAGUAUGGGCGUGGCCGGUCCGGAGGUCAGGUCCGUGACGAAUACAGACAGGAAUACGAUGCAGGUCGGGGCGGCUGGGGCCAUAAUAAGCUGCGCGAAGAGGAAGAGCGGAUGCGGCAAGAGGCAAUCGAGCGCGAGCGCGAGCGGCGUGAGCGGCGCGAGGAUGUAUACCGCCCGAUGCCAGGUUAUGAGCGCGAUGCCGACGCACAUACCGCGCCGCUCGGCGCAGACGCGCAAUAUUACGAGACGGAGCGUACGGAACGCGCAGGUCCUGUCGCAGACAAUGCAGCGCUGCCGAAGCGUGCGUUGGAGGAUGAAGAGGAGGAGGAGGAUGCCAAGGUGCGGCGUAUGGAUGAUGCCGAAGCGGGUACGAUAGGCGAAACUAGUCCAUAG